AUGUUUCUCGCCAUAGUAAUUGCCAUCUGUCUUUCACUUGUUAGCAAAUCAUUUGCUUCUGAAUGUCCAAAAAUUGUUACUCAGAAGGAUUUUAAUGCAACAAGAUAUUUAGGUCUCUGGUACGAAAUAGAAAGAAAUAAUAUUAUUUUUGAAAUUGCAUCCAAAUGUGAAAAUGCUACCUAUACAGACAAUCACAACGGAACAGUAGGUGUCUAUAAUCAAGCUGUUACAGCCUAUGAUGGUUAUUAUACCAUACAUGGUGUUGCCGUAGUAAAAGAUCCUUCAGAACCAGGUGCUUUAGAAGUUAUUUUUUCUAAUCCUCCUCGAAAAGGUGAUUACAAUGUAAUCACAACGAAUUACGAUGAAUAUGCUCUUGUUUAUGCUUGCCAGUCAAUACCCAUUCUUAGCUAUAAACUUGAAUUUAUAUGGCUUCUUUCGCGAACAAAGUCAUUAUCGCCUUCACGGAUCAAUGAAUUGAAAAAGAUUAUACAAGACAUGGGAGCUGAUGUUAACAGUGUCAAACCAACUACACAAAAUUGCUGA